AUGCCUGGAGAAGAAAUGGAGAUAACGACCGAUUUCGGUCAAGCUGGAUUUGGGGAAGAUAUCGACAUAGAUCUAGAUUUCGCAGUCGGACAGACUGAUGAGGAUAUGGAGCUUGCAGAUUUUGAUCAAGUCCAGGAGAUUCCGAAUUUCAACUCAGAUACGAGAGAUGAGCUGAUGGCUGAGGGGGAUGAUGCGUCGUACGGUAUGAUAGACGCCGAUGACAUUGAGAAUAACGAGGUGGCAGUAGCUUCGAACGAUAUUGAGAUCGAUCUUGGCGACCCCGAAGAGAGUCUAUGGCAACAGAAUGCCGCCCCUGAAGAGAAUUUUGAGCCCGUUGUUGAAAUCGACAUAGUCGAAGCCACUGACGUCGGUAAUGCCAAUGUCAACACCGAGAAUGUUGGUACUGGCCAAGGUAGCUGGUUGGAAGCAUCAACCUACUCUAUUAACAAGCCCGACGAAGUAGACGCCACUCAGGUUGAUGUUGGCACAAUUGACGCAACAGGCGACAAUCUACUUCCAAAUAGUGAAGUUCUUAUAGAGGACGAUGUAGCCUCCCAAGACUUAGGACUGGCCGUGACUGAAGGCGACAAUGCAGAGACUCUUGAUGUCGGUGAGAAUAAUAAUAUUGAAGCGGAAAGCAGGAUACAGAAUGCGUAUGAUGAACAGCAAAAUGUACCUGCUGAUGCUAGCCUCCAAGAGUCCACAAAAGAGCCUGUUGUUGAUGAGCAACAUGAGCAACAGGAACACGAGGAGAAUGAUUCGCGCUCAGAUAAACACGCCAGUGAAGGUAACAAUAUCUACGAAACUCACAAAGAUGUCCAGCAUCAAGCUAGCGGCGAUGAUGUAUCCGAAAUUGGAUACGAUAGUGACGAUAACGAUGAUAACUCCCUUCAGCAUGGAGAACAGCCUUCUGCUCCUGUAGCAUCUGAUCACGGAUCCGUGGCAGAACAUCACGUUGAACAAGAGCAGGAGCGGGUAAACCAACAAGAUCCGACCGACCUAGGGGAUAUCGAGCAGCAGUUAGGCAGUAACUUGCACGACGAGCCUGCCAAUGACCAUGAAUCUAGUAAUCAAACCUACAACCUCGAAGCUGCCGUUGCUGGCGACCAGAGAAAACCCCUGGCCAGAGCCUUUGUAGAACACCCCCUCUCCGUUGCUACCCGCCAUGAGAUGUAUAUCUCGUAUGGUAAUACGGAUUACAGGCUAUUCGCUAAGUCCGAAGCCGAUGAUCCUAACAAGUACUUUUUGAGUGAUAUGGCAGCGUUAGAGUUUCCCCUCGGCCAGUUGUUGUCCAGCCUGCGGGAUGUCAUUUCAGACGAGCUUUCUCCUCUGGAUGAAUUAGUCAUGCAUGUAGAUGUCCUGGGACUGGAGUUCUCUGAGUCCUCUACGGCUGAAAUACUCGAAAAGUUCACUUUUGGUGACAUUCUUGGUCUUUAUGACAGAUUGGUAAAAAAUGACGGGUCGGAACCGCCGCCAGACCUCUAUACGUAUCUCAUGGUAAGGCCUAAUUGCAGGCAGCGCUUUAUAGCGCUUCGAGAUAGCGCAGAUUCUGGCCGUGGCCUUUCAGAAAUUGCCAUUUUUCGAGAAGAUACGCCCAUUGAUGGUGAGGGAGCUGGCGAGUUUGAUAGUCACUCUCCGUACGCCUUGCCCUCUGGGGAAGAAGAAGACGAGGCUUAUGACUAUGAAGAAAGCGGUGCCGUGGAAGAUGAAGCCGAUCAAGGUGAAGCAGGCGAAGUCGAGAACAACGAUGAGCCUAACUCACCCUCAGUACAUGGCUCGGCCAUAGGUACAAACACUGAAGAUCCAACAGGCGAAGCAGUUGAAGCAGCUGAAGCCGACGCGGCCGACGUAGCUAGCGAAGCUGAUGAGGCCGACGACGCCGAUGAAGCUGGAGAGAACGACGAUAAUAAUGCAGACGCGAGUGCCGAUGCGACCACAGCGGACGGCUUGAUCGACUUCUCCGAUGACGAACUCGACCUUUCAUCAACGAAGCAGGGUAAUUCUCAAACUUCUCUUUUCAGCCCCUUGGUCCCCAUCAGUUGCACUGGAACUAAAACCUGCAUAUGCGACGAUUGCUUUGCGGUUGAAAUUAUGGGAAUGGAAGCCAGUUGGCAACUUGACAGCUUGAAAUCAGUCUCAUCCGGUAGUUCCGUCGGAGCUGAUCAGCCUUUCAAGUACGAAUUACACAGGAGCAAUAUUGACCUGCCGACAAUCUCUCCUACCGAACAGCACUUUUUCAUUCCUCAACUCCGAUCUUUUGAGAAUUUGCAAAUAUUUACUAACAUUCACCAACUUCAAGAUCAACAAGCGAACGGUUCCCCCCACGAUCGUACAGAUGAGAUUCAGAACGAGCAUGAUGCCUUUACCGCUACCGAACGUAGUUAUCCCAACCAGCAUUCAUCACCUAUCAACGGAACAGCCGAUGCCCCCAGCUCCAACAUUACUAGUGCUACUGCCACGCUGAACGGUGACGAUAAAGACGAGAUCGACUACUCGGAUGAUGACGGAGAGGAGAUUACAGGUGGCAACGAUGUCACAUCCAACAGUGGUAUCAGCGUGUCGGCAACCCUUAAGGUGCCUAUCAACGACGAGAUCACAUGGGAGUCAGAAGAUGAAGAUGCUCAAGACGAACCUGUUACAACCUCCAAAGCAACGGUACAAGUGUCACCGGUAUCUGGGAAGCGCGCUCGGUCAGAUUCUGACCUAGACGAGGGCGUAACUGAACGUAGCGAUGUCAAGCGUCGUCGUCCGUCAUGA